CCAAAGGCUAGUCUAUCAGAUUUUUAUUUUACUGUUGCCGUUUUGCCAGAUCAUCUGUUAACGUUUCUUAACGAAAUUAUCAAUGUGUCAAAAUAAAUUGUAAAGCUGCUGUCAAUGAAAUUUACAUGAACUUCGAACAAUAUCGAUGUUAUGUGUUAUGUGGACCGAAAUAAACUGAUGAAACAAAAUGAAUCACGACGAGAUCAAAUCUGUGGUACAGGAAAAAUUCCUAUCAAGCGAACGGGUUACCGCCUUCCUGUGUGACGCCAAAGUUUUGCAUCCCGAAUGGGUGAAAAAAGAUCGGCUCUUAGCAAUCGUUGAGUACGGCGAUGAAAAAGCAGUAUUCUGCUUGUUUACGUCAUGUUACCCACCAAAGUCCUUCACAGAUUUGUCAAUAGAAAUAGUGUUGCCGAUAGAUAAGAGUUUCAAGUGUGAAAUUGACAACAAACCUUCCGACCCCGAGGCCAUACUGUACCUGAAUCUGCAAUCUCGCAGUAAUAAAUAUAAGUUCGAAAUUCAAAUGACUCCGCGCGUAGACACCUUCGUCGACGACCUGUUCAGAGGCAUCGAAGCCGUAAACAAAGUGCCAACUCAGCCAGAUUUCGUCUGGCUUAAGAAGUACAGUGGGAAGAUUAACAAUGACAUACUGACCCACACGAUGGCGUUGCCGGGGGGAGUGCCGCACACCCAGACCUCGGCCCCAGUCGCCAUCAGGGAGAGCCUCAUCAAGCACAAGAUGUCUGAUAAGGAAUAUGAGUACACCUUCACCAAAAAGUUUUCAAUCUUCUGUGGCACCUGGAAUGUCAAUGAUAAAUCACCUGUCAUUCCCCUCAAGGGCUGGUUGUCUGUGGAUAAAGAGCCCCCUGACAUAUAUGCAGUUGGUUUCCAGGAGUUGGAUCUGUCCAAAGAGACAUUCCUGUUUGACCAGACCUUCAGAGAAGAUGAAUGGUACAAUGCUGUCAUCAACUAUGUGGACAAGAGAGCAAAGUAUGUGAAAGUGGAGAAGGUAAGAUUGGUGGGCAUGAUGCUGAUAGUACUUAUUAAAGAAAAACACUACUCUCAUGUACGUAACAUAGUGUGUGAUACUGUAGGAACAGGCAUUAUGGGGAAAAUGGGCAACAAAGGAGGUGUGUCAAUAAGAUUUGAUCUACACAGCACUUCCUUGUGCUUUGUGAACUCCCACUUGGCAGCCCAUGUUGAGGAGUAUGAGAGGAGGAACCAAGACUUCAGAGAUAUUUGCAACCGGACCAGGUUUGUUCAACCCAACCAGUUGCCCAAAGCCAUCAAAGACCAUGACCACAUUUACUGGCUCGGUGACCUGAACUACCGCAUAACAGAAUUGGACCCCGUCACUGUUAAAAAGCUGGUCAGUGAUAAUAAUUUUGUUCCAGUACUAGAAUGGGAUCAACUGAAGCAGCAACAUAAACAUAACAAUGUCUUUGCUGGUUACAAUGAAGGUGACAUAAAUUUUAAGCCAACCUACAAGUAUGACCCUGGUACGGACAACUGGGACUCCAGUGAAAAGAACCGGGCCCCGGCCUGGUGUGAUAGAAUUUUCUGGAGGGGACAAAAUGUGGUACAGCUAGCAUACAGAAGCCAUCCCUCUCUAAACAUUAGUGACCACAAACCUGUGUCAGCCAUAUUUAACUCUUCAAUCAAAAUAAUUGAUGAGGAGAAAUACCGGAAAGUAUAUGAAGAAGUCAUUAAGCAGUUGGACAAGAUGGAAAAUGAAUUGAUUCCUCAGGUCAAGGUAGACAGGACCGAAAUUGAUUUUGGCACAGUACGCUACCUAGAACUGCAAGUGAGGACUAUCACAAUAAAGAAUAUUGGUAAGCUACCAGUUGAGUUUGAGUUCAUAAAGAAGUUAGAUGAGACCAACUUCUGUAAGGAGUGGCUCAUUGUAGAACCAUACAAGAAAUGCAUCUGUGCUGAAGAAACAUGCGAAAUUCAACUUAAAGUCCUGAUAAAUAAGACUUCUGCUUGCAAAAUGAAUGCAGGAACUGACAAGUUGUAUGACAUCCUUGUGUUGCAUUUGUAUGGUGGCAAAGAUAUCUUCAUAACAAUAAACGGGACAUACCAAAGAAGUUGUUUUGGUUGCUCAAUAGAGGUGCUAGUGAACCUCAAUAUGCCAAUCAAGGAGGUCCCAGUUGGAAAGCUGAUUGAAUUGGAGAAUAAGAGGGAUCAGUGUGUGUCCAAUCAGUCCACAUACUCCAUACCUAAAGAGAUCUGGUUCUUAGUCGACCAUAUCUACUUACAUGGCCUGAAGGAGCCAAACUUGUUUGAGCAGCCGGGGUUCCAUUCAGAAAUACUCCAGAUCAGAGACUGGCUGGACAGUGGCUCAGUGGACCCCAUCCCAGGCAGUAUACAUUCAGUGGCAGAAGCAUUAUUACUUCUUCUAGAAAGUACUGCAGAUCCAAUCAUUCCCUACAACCUACAGUCAGUCUGCUUGAGAGCUUCGGCUAAUUAUUUGCAGUGCAAGCAAAUUAUAAUGGAAUUACCAGAGUUCAGAAAGAAUGUUUUCCUUUAUUUAUGUGAAUUUUUACAAGAAGCAUUACAGCAUAGUGCUGAAAAUGGAUUGGAUUCAAAAACCUUGUCGACACUGUUUGGCGCCAUUUUUCUUAGAGAUAAUCCCAAUCAAACGCAGGAACCACAGUCAAGGAUAAAUAAACAAGUCAUAGACAAGAAGAAGGCCCAGUUUGUAUACCACUUUUUGGUGAAUGACCAUAGUGAUUUAAUAUUUUCUAGAUAAAUAAGAUAUUCAACAAUUUGUUGUGUUGUUAGACUUGGUUUGAAAAUUGAGCACUAUCAUAUACCUAAUGCAACAGAACCCUUGCGACAAGCCCCAUCGAGUUCAUUUUCGAAUCAAGCUCUUGUUUAGUACUUUGUGUACGUAUUGUUUUUAAUUUAUUGAAAUACUCAAAAAUUUCCAUUAGAGACCUUAGGAAAUAUUUUUACUUUUAUAAUCCCAUGUUAGAGAUUGUAAUGUCCUAUUUAAAAAAGUCUUAUAAUAUAUUGUUUUACGCUUAAUACCUAAUAGUUUACAUAAAUUCACAUUUGCAUUUAUCAAUGUUUCGGCUUAUUGUUUUGCACUAAUUAAUUAUUAAACCAGCGCAGACCGUAGAGAGCGUCGAGGCUGUAGAAGGGACUGAAGCUCAAAGCGAAUAGAGUUCAAAAUUAUUUGUGCGCCGAUACUUGUUACGUCAUACGCAUUACUAACUUGUAUGUGGACUGACACAAUUCUGCACUUAAUGUAUUACGCAAUAAAGUAUAGAUUCCAGUGUAAAUUAGUAACAUAAACUCUGCGCUCUUGUCGCUCUGCGUUUACCCUUGGGCCGUGAUAAAUAAACAUUACCAAGUACAUACUUUGAGUCAGCAUUAUUUCCAACUGGUAUCUUGUAUCUUACUAGGAAUAGUGUUUAGUCAAAGAACUCCUAAUAAUAUUUAUUUUUCUCGGUCUUAGUAUUUGUAUAAUAAAUGCACAGACCAUAUUUAAAGGGUAGAUAGGAAUUAAGGCAAACAAAACGGUUAAACAAAAUAUAGAAAUAUUGACCAUAACAUUUUCUUGAAAAAAAAAAAUGAAACGUCUGAGUUGGCUAUUCAAGCCCUCUACUUUUAAUUCUUAAAAAAACGCGGGCUAUUGUCUACCAGUUUAAUAAGGUCUGUGCAUAAAUGACACAAUUGCCAAAAAAAAAUUAUGUGACUUAACUUGUCUUGUCCAAUUUAUGACGAAUAAUAUUAUAAUAAAUAUUUACGUAGGGAAUAAGGACGUUGCCUACUUAUCUUUGUGGCAUAAAACAGUAUUUUAAACGGUUCGGUUUUAUUUAAUAGGCAUAGAUAUGGUUACUAUUGGCGUCUCUUCAGGAUAAAGGAAAAUUUUAUUAUUAAUGUGUCAUAAACACACGUCAAAAUAUGUAGUUUAAAAAAUUAAACAAUGUAAAACUCACAAAAUAUGACGAGUUUUCAAAAUAUCAACAAUAACAGCUAACCAGAAUACCAACAAUUUUUUUUUGGCCUAGGCACAUUAUUAAUAACUUUACCCAGUUACAAAAUAGAUACUUAAUGCCCAAAAAUAAAACUUAUUUUAACACUUCUGGGCAACGGGGGUUCAAUAAACUUAUGUAAUCAAAAUUGCUAAAACUUUUUUCGUCGUCCAUAAAUCAUAGUUUUCGUUCCACGCCAUACCAUGUUGAAUUCGUUUUACCAAGUGUUAUUUUUUCGGUUCAAAACCUUUAGUAUUUUAAUUUUAGUCGCUAGUUCAACGAAUCAAAGUGGCCAAUAAUUGUCCGUUAGUUUUAGUUUACAAUUAAUUUACCUUACGUUGUUAUAUUGAAAUAGAUAUUUUAAUAAUAGACCUUAAUUACUAAUGUACUAAUGACAUUUUGAAAUCUCUAUAAUAUUGUUAUAAUAGGCAAUCUUAGACAUCUACUAUUUGUGAGCUUGGCGUUGUAAGACCUAGCGCUUUGUUUGUGGCUGUAUAAACACGGUAUAAACUUCGCCAAAGAGAAUAUAACCACUGAGCUUCUUGGGGUAUUCGGAUCAUAAACAAUCUUGACGAGCGGCGUAAAAAUAUAUCUAGACGAAACUCUUUUCAUUUUUGAACACAAUAAAAAAUAAAUACUUAGUUUCAAACUGAACAGUCAUAAUACGUAACAUACUACGUCAAUGGUCACGGUUGAUAAGAUCUGAAUCAUUCUGAAUGCAAUCUGUUAAAUGUACCUCACAGCUAGAGGCGAUGUGGUAGGUUAACCUUCAUAUGUUAUCUUGACGAGGUAUUCAUUCAUGUUUCGUUCGUAGAGAAAGCGGUCUUCGAUAUAAAGCUUACAAUUCCGAUUUGUUAAAAAAGAUGUAAUUUGAAUGAGUGGUUGUAUUUUUAAAGUCGCUCUUCUGCGUGUCUACUAUCUAAAGAAAAAUAACCCAGACAGUUAAAAAAAGAAAAUGGUAGGUAUGUCUCAAUGACAUUCGUAACUGCGAUUGCGGUAAUUAAAAGCAAAACUAAAAUGUAAUAAGCAUUCUAUCGAAGACCUCGGUUAUUACGCUUGGUUGCACAGUCUUCAAACUGCACCAUACUACAACAAAGUAAAUUCAAUCUUACCACCAACUAAUUAAGAUUUAAUUUUACCAAGUCAUUGUCAAGAAAACUAUGAAAAAAGCAGUGGCGUUAGUCUUUAGUACGAAUAUACACAUAUACACCAAAUUUUUACAGGAUAUACUAGUAGUUUAUACUUAGAUGAAGUCCAAUUGAAUUCUGAUUGGUGCAUAUAAAUAUUGUGAUACUCUGCACUACGUAAUCUGUUGUACCAUCAAUAAUAAAGAGAUUGAAGAAGGAUAUUGUUGUAUUUUGAAAAUUUUAAAUGAAUUUCUGAAUGAGAAUUAUUAAAAAAAUAUAUUAUAUGAUUCUGUUCUAACUUUUUUUCAAAUAACAUAUAUAUAAGUAAGUACUUAGUAUACGAGUGUUUACUUUUAAAGAAGUAAAAAGUACACACAUCCGCUAUUUAUUUUCUGUAUACUCAAGUUAAUUCAAACUCAUUUAUAGCACCAAUCAAAGUGUCAUAAUUUACAAAUGUAACAGGAAUAUUUGUGAACGUGUUGUCUUUUUAAAACUUAGAACGAAAGGACUAAGGGCAAAAAGGAUAAUGCAUUUCCAUACUUAAAUGUUUUGUGAAAAAAAAGGCUUUAGAUGAUUAUGUGACAGCAUUUUACAACAUUUUUAUGUAUAUUGGUGUCCAUACAUAGUAGGCAAUAUGUAUUUUACUUAAAUAUUUAUACAAAUAUUUUAUUAUUGUAUUUAUUCGUUCAUGUAAUAGUAAAUAUAGUGAACUGUUAAUUUAUUGAAUUACAUAAGAAUACUACAAA